CUUCAGUUCGCUCUCUCUUCGUUCCACGCGUUCGCUUGUCCUUCUCGAAGCCGCGACAUCACUUUCAUUCAUUCCAACAGCCGACCGCGGGGGGCACAUUUUCCAACUCUAUUUUCUCCAGUAUCCAAUUGUUGACCGGCACGGCGGAGAGAGUUAUCGCCCUGUCAACCCUUCGCUUUUCUUCAUUAAUCGGUCGCUUUCUUCUUUUGUGUUUUCCUCGAGGGCGGCUGGCAUCCACAAGCCAAGAUGGACCCGAAUGCUUCCUCGAUCACCGUCGCAGUUCGAGUGCGACCGUUUACCAUUCGAGAGGCUGCUCAACUAGUCAAAAAUGACGACACGACACUCUUCCUCGGUGACGGAUCGAUGGCCGCGGCACCCACUCCCAAGCUACACCAGCGUGGCCUGAGACCCGUCAUCAAGGUCGUGGACGACCGGUGCUUAGUUUUCGAUCCCCCCGAAGACAACCCAGUACAAAAGUUCACCCGAUCCGUCGUACCCGCCGCCGGCAAGAAAGUCAAGGACCAGGUUUUCGCAUUCGACCGCAUCUUCGAUCAGACUGCUUGCCAGAGCGACGUUUACGAAGGGACGACCAAGGGCCUGCUGGAUAGCAUCCUCGACGGCUAUAAUGCCACCGUAUUCGCAUACGGCGCAACCGGAUGCGGCAAGACCCACACUAUCACCGGUACCUCCCAGCACCCCGGCAUCAUCUUCCUCACUAUGCAGGAGCUCUUUGAGAAGAUUGGGGAGAGGAGUGCCGAAAAGACCACCGAGGUCUCUCUCUCCUACCUGGAAAUUUACAACGAAACCAUUCGCGAUUUGCUGGUUCCGGGCGGUAGCAAGCAGGGCCUCAUGUUGCGGGAGGAUACGAACCAGGCUGUCACGGUCGCCGGGCUCACCAGCCAUCACCCGAAGGAUGUGCAGGAGGUCAUGGACAUGAUUGUGCAGGGAAACGAAUACCGCACAGUUUCGCCGACGGCAGCCAACGCCGUCUCUUCACGGUCCCACGCCGUGCUGCAGAUCAACAUCGCCCAAAAGGACCGCAAUGCCGCCGUCAACGAGCCGCACACCAUGGCCACGUUGAGCAUCAUCGAUCUUGCGGGCAGCGAACGUGCUAGCGCCACCAAGAACCGGGGAGAGCGGCUGUUGGAGGGUGCCAACAUCAACAAGUCGCUGCUCGCCCUGGGGAGCUGCAUUAAUGCGCUGUGCGAUCCGCGCAAAAGGAACCACGUGCCGUACCGCAAUAGCAAACUUACUCGCUUGCUCAAGUUUUCCCUCGGCGGUAACUGCAAGACUGUCAUGAUUGUCUGCGUAAGCCCGUCGAGCGAGCAUUUCGACGAGACUCAGAACACCCUGCGCUACGCCAACCGGGCCAAGAACAUCCAGACCAAGGUCACGCGCAACGUUUUCAACGUCAACCGACACGUCAAGGAUUUCUUGGUCAAGAUCGACGAGCAGAUGGCGCUCAUCAAAGAGCUCAAAGCCCAGCAGAAGGAUGCCGAGAAGACCUACUUCACCAAGUUCCGAAAACAGAUGGACAAACGGGACGCCGUGGUACGGGAGGGCAUCCUUCGUCUACGUGCUGCAUAUGAGCAUGCUUCUUCAGAGCGGCUCGAGAAGAUCAACUUCAUGAAGAAGCUGAAGGCUGUCGAGAGACGAAUCGGCCUCCUCUCCGGUUGGAUCGCUGCCUUUGACUCGGUGUGCGAUGCCCGGGGAGACGAGGAAGCGAUGCCAGCCAACCUGGUGGCAAUGCGAAAGACGGCGCAUGGCAUCCUGAUGGAGCUAGAAAGCAGCCGACACCACAUCCACCAGAGGUUGGAGAAGACAAAUUGGGAGCGCGCCCUGGAUACCGCCCUGAACCAUAGCAUCUCCCAGCUGCCGACAGGCGAGGGCGUUGUUGAUGGUUCGGAGCGGGAUACGCUAGCGAGGGAAGUCGAGAUGCUCAAGACAAGUUUCAUGCGGGAUGCCUACAGGGAGGUGCUGGAGCAGGACAAGGCCGGUGAUGCGGCUGUUCUGCAAGUGCUUCUGACUGCUCAGUUCGACAUGUUAUCUUCCAUGUCGGAAACUCUGAGCAUGAGUGAGGAGGAGGCGGUUGCGCAUGCCAAAACCAUGAUCACCCGCCUGCUUGAGACCGGCUAUUCGGCCGCAUCCCACGUCGUCAAGCCCGAUGGCUCCAUGAUGCCCGUCGAGCUGUUCCCGCCAACCAAGCGGGGCACCCCCAAGAGGAAGAAGUCUCUCAACGUCAACUCCAAGCCCAUCCCGGGCCCCAUCUUCUCAGCCGCGCAACAGCAGGCCAUUGCCUCACCAGUCAAGGCAUCUCCUCGCCGUCGCAAGCUUGGCGCGCGAAAGUCAGUGGCCUUCACGCCGGCCAAGAAGAAGCCGAGUGUGCGUUGGCGCGACGACGAGAGUGAGCAGGGGACUUUGGCCGACUUCGAGAAGACACCACAGAAAUUUGCAUCGCCCGAUGAGCCCUCCCCCGAAAAGGCACUUCCAAGUCGACCUCCGGUACCUUCGUACUUAAGCCACCUCGAUUCGCCAAAGAGCUCUAGCCCGACCCCGAACCUUCCUGACGCACCUUCGCUGUCCUUCAGCAAGCCAAACCGAUUCCAAGCUGGCUUCCUUUCCAAGGGCCGCGCACCUCAGCAAAGCAACUCGGGCGGAAGUGCUAAUAGUUCGCCCGUGCCACCGACCUUCUCCCUCAACCUGACUGGCUCCCCCAACAAUGAAGACCAGCCGUCGCCCCUGCGCAGCUUGCCUGUGAGCCGGGCUACUAACUCGCUCUCGCCGACAGCAGGAACCAGCGGCAGCCCCAAGCCUUCCACCAACCUGCUCUCCACUCUAAACGAGACCGGCAACGAAAACGAACCUCCGCGCCGCCCCUCCCCGUCUCGCCUCCCACGCAUCUCGUACGGCUCCGGCUCCGAGUCGGACCUCGACCCGCUCAAGAUCCGGUCCGCUCUGCACUCCGCCAAGCGCCGCGAGCGCCUCUCUCUCCUGCCCAGCACGACCGUCUCCAGCGCCAAGCGCGUCUCGUCCGUGGGCUCCAACCCCGGCAGCGGCGGCGGCGGCGGCGGCAGCGUCAGCGGCAGCGGCGUCAACAGCAACCACCACGGCGCCCACCGCCGCGCGUCGGCCAGCUACUCGGGCCCCGCCCACGCCAGCGCCAGCGCCUCCAACGGCAUCUCGCGCCACCGCAGAGGUAGCACCGAGCGCGGCCGGCGCUCGCCCCCGCGGCCCAUCACCUGCUCGCCGCCGGCGUCGGCGUCGGCGGGUUCGUCGCCUUCGGGCGCCGGGGGGCGCUACGCGCUGGACGGGCCGGGCCGGAAUCUCACGCCGGGCCAGGCGCGGCGCAUGAAUAUGGGCGGGAGCUUCAGGUCGGAGAGGGAGCGCGGCAGUCCGACCGCGGUGAGGAGUAUUGCUGGGGGGCUUGGGGCGGGUGUGGAGGUGGAUGCUGCUGGGGUGGGUGGUAAGGCUAGGAGGAUUACCAUCGGCGCUGGGGGCGUGUUGCCGAAUGCUGGGGGUGGGGGUGGGAAUGGCGGUGGGAGUGGGAAUGGGAACGGAGGGAGCGUGUUGAGGCCGCGCCCUAGUGUGGUGUGGAGGUGAAGAACCGAAAGGGUGGACGUUGAGUUAUGGUUGGGGAGGGGUGGGGUCGCCUAGAGUACAG